AAUGAAACCGAGAGAUGGCGUCAGGGCAACAAGUGGACCCGGACGAGCCGGAGAAGAAGCGCAGCUCGCAGCCGCUCGUCAGCACCUUCCGUCGGGUUCCGACCCUCCGAGCUCCGCCAUGCCGCCUGCCGCAGACCUGGGCCGCGCGCUGGCCAUCAUCACCGGGGCUUCCAGAGGCUUCGGCCGGGCCUUGGCCAGAGACGUGUCCCGGUCCGUGAGGCCCGGCUCGGCGCUGGUUCUGGUGGCCCGCUCCGGAGAGGAGCUGCGGGCCCUGCAGGCGGAGCUGGUCGGCCUGAAGGUGGAGGUGGUGGUGGCUGAUGUGGGCCUGACCUCGGGCCUGGAGGACGUGCUGACUCGGUCCAAACAGGUUUUUACUGAGGACAUGGACCACCUGGUUCUGUUCAACAACGCAGCGUCUCUGGGGGAUGUGUCCCGCUACACCAAGGACUUCACGGACAUGGCUGUGGUGGACUCGUACCUGUCUCUGAACGUCAGCUCGGCCCUCUGCCUCACGGCCCGGGUCCUGCAGGCCUUCCCUCAGAGUCCGGGUCUGCGGCGCACCGUGGUCAACGUGUCCUCCCUCUGCGCCCAGCAGCCGUUCCCCUCCUGGGUUCUGUACUGCACCGGCAAGGCCGCCCGAGACAUGACCUUCAGGGUUCUGGCUGAGGAGGAACCGGACCUGCGGGUUCUCAGUUAUGCCCCAGGACCUCUGGACACAUCCAUGCAGGUGGAGGCCCGGACCAAGACGGCCGAUCCCAACCUGAAGCGGUCCUGUUCGGACCUACUGGUUCAGGGCCAGCUGCUUAGCUGUGAGGCAUCCUGCUCCAAACUCAUGAAGGUUCUGCUGGAGGACAGCUUCACGUCCGGAGCUCACGUGGACGUCUUCGACGUGUAGACUGGAUGUCCUUGAACGCCUCACGUCCUUCAACCUUUGAUCCAUUUUAUUUAGUAGAAAAGUUGAAAAUGCAGAUAUGUGUUGGUGCGUUUGCUUACAGAAUGAGAACCUGCAGAACCUGGAAACAUUAAGACGUCGCUACCACUCAGUAAACAUUCCAGCUGCAGACGCUGCAAAAGGUUUUGAAUAAAUUAUCAGUAAAACCAAAGUUUGGAACAACUCUGCACAGAGUUAACAAUUACAAAGCUCUGAGCUUCAGAACGUGAAGUUUUUAAUAAAAUCUCUCAGGAGAAUGUUUGACAGAAUGAUUGACUCAUGCACAGCAGAGUCAAAGUCCAUGUUUGGUAACGGACCGCUGAGCUGCAGGUUCUGACCCGUUCUCACCCAACAGAACAUCAGGCCCACAAGUCAAACUGCAAUCAUCUAAAAUCAGGGACCAAAUUGAUGAAGAGAUGUUCACAGAUGCAGAUCAAUUAGUUGGUUUCCUUCCAUAAGCUCAGUUAUUUUCCAUCAGUCAGAAACUUUCGUUUUAAAAUCUCUUCUGAUUAAUUUUUUAUUUCUCCGUCGGUCGUGGAGCCUCCUGGCUCUUCUUCCAUCAGUACGACUCAAAAUGUGACCUAACAUUGUGACCUUGGAGUCCAGCUUGGAUUGUUCUGGAUCCUCUGCUCUUUUUCUACCAUCAGUCCAGCUGAUCAACCUGGGGUUGCAUUUCCUCUUGCGUCCACCUCCUAGGAGGCUGUCCACAGUCCCAUGAACCUUCUAGUCUUUAAGGAUCUUGUCCGCUGUGUUGAGAGGAACAUGAAGCAGCUUGGAGAGGGUCUUGUAGUCUUGACCUUUACCAUGGAUCUCUAUAAUCACAAGCUCUUCGGUUCCUCUGCUCUGUGUUCAAUGUGACUAGAACCAAACCAGAUGACCCAGACUCUUGUUCUCUUUUAGCAAGAUGAAGUCUGGAAGGCUCCUCAGAUACUAGUCGGCAUCAAACAGUCAGGCCCAGUUCACACAACGCUGUGUUUAAGCAAAUCCCUAACAUUUCUGCUGUGUUUCGGCUGUUCAUGUCCACAAUGAUAGCAGCUGUUUUCUCUGAAGCUUUUUGGGUCCAGGUCUGACUGGAUUUUGUUGGAAACAUUCAACGUGGGUGUAAAAACAACACAGACGGUUGUAUUCAGUACUUUCUCUGUAGAUGAACAGCAAUAAGGGCGGUUAGCGAGUGCCGUUUGUCAUGAUCACCCUUUCCAACAUGGAGGAGUGACCCAGCCUCAUCCUCGGUCCAAACCAACGCUCGUGUUACAGUAGUCCCUUGUUUAUCACGGGGGAUCCGUACCCUGAAGCCCCACGAUAAGUGAAAAACCGUGAAGUAGGAAUAGUAGUAUAAGUAGUAAGUAGUAGUUUUAGUAUUUAUAUAAACAGAGAUAUUAAGGCAUUUAAACCCACACUCUUGCAAUAUUCUAAACAAUGUUUCUAAACGCUCUAAGAGAGCACAGAAUGUC